UAACAAACAAAGCAAAAAUGAAUAAAUCAUGUAGAGCUAUUGCAUGUUUUUGGCUUAUGAGUUUCUUAAAUUUGAGUGUGGCUGAACCUAUGAGCCCUAAACUGACCCCAUAUUUUUACAGGACAACGUGCCCUGAUGUUUUUACAAUAGUUAGAAGAGAGGUUCUUAAUGCAAUAAAUGAAGAGAUUCGAAUGGCUGCUUCUUUGCUUCGUCUUCACUUUCAUGAUUGCUUUGUAAAUGGUUGUGAUGCUUCAAUUCUGCUUGAUGGAGACGAAGAUAUUGAGAAAUUUGCUACUCCAAACAUAAAUUCAGCUAGAGGAUUUGAAGUCAUAGAUAGAAUCAAAAGUUCAGUGGAGAGUUCAUGUAGUGGAGUUGUGUCUUGUGCUGAUAUAUUAGCCAUAGUUGCUAGAGAUUCUGUUCACCUAAGUGGGGGUCCAUUUUGGUACGUUCAGCUAGGACGCAGAGAUGGAUUGGUCUCAAACAAAACACUUGCAAAUAAUGCAAUUCCUUCUCCAUUUGACUCACUAGAUACUAUCAUUUCCAAGUUUGAUAACGUUGGUCUUAGUGUUAAAGAUGUUGUUACUUUAUCAGGUGCCCACACUAUUGGACGAGCUAGGUGCACAUUUUUUAGCAACAGAUUAUUCAACUUCUCUGGAACACAAGAACCAGACAAUUCUUUAGAAUAUGAAAUGCUAACUGAAUUGCAAAACUUGUGUCCACAAGAUGGAGAUGGUAACACAACUACUGUUCUUGACCCCUACUCAUUUGAUCAAUUUGAUAACAAUUACUUCAAGAAUUUACUUAAUGGAAAGGGUCUCCUUAGCUCUGACCAAAUUCUCUUUUCAAGUGAUGAAGAAACCACUUCAACCACUAAACAAUUGGUCCAAUAUUAUAGUGAGAAUGAAAGAAUUUUUUUUAUGGAAUUUGCAUAUGCUAUGAUUAAGAUGGGGAAUAUAAAUCCACUUAUUGGUUCUGAGGGAGAGAUUAGAAAGAGCUGUAGAGUGAUUAAUUCUUAAUUAUGAUUCUAUGUAAUUAAAAUGAAAGGUUGUAGGUGUGCCCAUGUAUAUUUCAUGGCCAAAAUGUCACACUGUUGGUCACUACUCCUUGCUUUGGGGUAUUUGAAAUGAAUAAAAUCUAAAUAAAAGUCUUAUUUAAUUCCAUUUUUCAUGAGAUUCUUGCCAAAGAUCUCACUA